CAAACAAAAAGAAAGAGGUGUUUUCUCUCCUCACUCUACUUUCCUUCCCCUCCAACUUCUUCAAUCCAAACAAGGUGAAACUCAGGGCUUCCCCCGAUUGGAGCCUAGGAGAAUCGCAACCACCAGGCAACAAAAUAGAAAGAGACAACAGACCUCGCCUGAGGGGAGAAGGUCACACAAUCCCCGCCCAACAGCUCCUUCGCAUAUCAUUGUGUUAAUUAUCAAAGAGAUUACAUUGUUUGAAAAGAGCAAAGAGCUUGAAACCAGUUGAUAGCUGUCUCCAAAGCUUACAGAGUUGGGUAACCACUUUAUAGGCAGUCACAUAGCCAAUCUUCACUACUACAGAAGAAGCUACAAAGUAAGCCACUUCUGUUUUACUUUAAAGUUUAAACUCAUUUUGUAUUCAUUGAUGCACAUCAUUAACAUUAUCUAAGAUUUCACACACAUGCCUAUUUAUAAAAUAAUUCACUCUAGGUUAGCUAUGUCUCUAACUAUCAAGUCUGUCGUUAUAAUUCACACAAGCCUUACCACAUCUAGCAAAGCUUAUAUGACAUGUGCCCAUGAAAAGCCAUUAGUGAUGAAUGAGUGUGCUGAUUUGGAUUUGCAAUGGUAUGCCAUGCAUAUGCAGGGAUUUAGGGUUAGAUUAGUUCUUCUUCAUAAGGAUGCCACCAAAAUUAACAUUUCAUCUGCAAGAUUAGGUUAGAUUAAUUCUCUUUCUAAAGAAUUCAAUUCAAACUUAUUAAUUGGAAUUUAAAUGGUUAUAUAGACUAUUCAAUUUGUAAUAUUGAGUUAUGAAAGAGGGAGUAUAUGGUCCUCAUAUAUUUGAAGGACCUCCUGGUGUGGAAAAUAGAGCCAUGAUCUGGGU